AUGUACAGCGACAGUGAUAUCGACGGCUAUGUCUCAGAGGUGUUUAGCGAAAGCAGCGACCUGCUCACCAAUUCGGAGCAGGCGAGCCUCCUACUGGAGAAACACGAGCAAGCGAUUAGCACCUUGGUUAGUGGCUACGCCUGCGUCUUCGAAGCCAGUGACGGCUUCUUUCGCACACAGUUCGGAAGCCACUUCCUCUCCCCGGAUGCUGAAGACCAAGCCAUGGCGGCUGUCUGCUCCUGCCGACUGAGUGCUACCGAUGUGGCGGAGUUGCUCCACGUACCUGCAGAGGAACAAAUCGCCGACAACCUUCGAAACAACGGUGACGCCUCUCCGUCAUGUGCAGCGAUGCCAAGCGACCAUUCCUUAACGGCGACCAACUUGCAGAUGUCAGAAUCCCUUGAAGCCUGGGUCGAGGAGGGCAAAUCGUCUCCUGCCUCGCGUUUUCUGUGUGCUAACCGCGAGUCGUGUAUUCUAAUUCCGGUCGACAAGGCACUAAAUCGCGCUAUGCUGUGCUCCGCUCACCAGGAGUUGUUCGUCGGGACGAAGGGUGUGGGUGGUGAGGGGCUCGAUAUCGUUCCCGGGUACGACCAUAGUGAGGCUAUUGGGUGGGCGCUGCCGCUCUCCACCGAUCCUGCCGUGCUUGACGUUCUGAAAAGUUUACACCCCGGCUGGCGUGGUGCAACGCCGUCCGACGUGAGGUUUUGGACGAAGAGUCAGAGUAAAACUGGGUCCACAUGUAUCGCCAAUAAGGUCCAACCAAAGCCCUCGCGACGAACGUGGACGCGCGGCGCAGCAAUGCUCAUGCUCAGCAAGGAGCGUCUCCUCGCCCGCAUUGCUGCAGCUGGUGACUGGUCAAACAUUACUUUUGUUGCUGUGGAUACUGAGGCGUACGCUGUGAUGGAGCAUAGCGUGCCACUUCCGGCCGAGUACGCGUUUCUGCCCAUUCACAGCACACACGCAUCGACUAGCUCCGCUGUCCUGUCGCCGCUUCACUUCUUUUGCCACCCUGGUAAUGUCGAGGCGGAGAAUGAGGAAAACGUCCUGUACAACUGCCUUAACACACACCUAAUUCCGUACCACAGCGCCACAUUUCUUACGGACAACUUCUACGACAAGGCUGUCCUGGUGGAUCGCCAGUUCGUGCGCAAUCCCAGUGUGAUUCUCAUCAGCAAAGGUGCCCCUUCGAGUCCGACGCUGAUGGACAUGCAGGCUUUGCGGUGGCUUUACGCAGCCGCUGCGUUGCAGUGGCACAACGGCCACACUUUUACCGCGCUCGAAGAGAAAGGGGCGCUGGAGGUAGGGAACUGGAUACCGAGUGCAGAGGACAUCUACUGCUUUGAUAUAAGCGUACUGGAGGCUGUCGCUCUCGAACGCGGCGGCAUUGCAGAUUCACAGGGAACCCCUUCCCUUACCCACCGGCCCAACAGAGGCGCUCGAAGAGAAGAGAAUGGGUACUGCUGGUAUCACUCAGUGGUGAACGAGUGUGACCUAAUUGAAGGUGACGUGCACUGUGCCAUGCACGAUGCCUACACACUUGCUGGGCGCAUUAAAGCAGUUCUGCCUGCAUGA